CCCCCAGAGCCGCGACAGCUUGAUCUCAUCUGUCUAGCUUUUUUACUCUUCCCACCACCAAGCUUUGUCGAUAUUGUUUUCAAUAUUACGCCUUCGUUUUCUAUACAUGAUACGCGAGAUUCCAUCCAUGUAGGAAAUCUGCGCUUUUGAAGAGAAAUGAAUUCGCAUCCCGAAGACAUGUCGCACCGCGACCGCGAGUCGGUUGAGCGGCACCAAAGAGAACAGUUUCCAGCUGGAACCCCACGACAGAGCAAUACGGCAUCCCUCCAAAUCCACCAACCCGUCGCCUCGCGCCUCCCUGGCGCCAUACAUAGUCCCGGUGGCCUACUUGCGACUCACGGAGGUUCAGCACCUCCUAUCCCUCUCGGCGCCCCCUCAGGCCCCGUAAACUCCUUCGGCGGCCCAUUACAAGCCGACGCCAAUCGCUCGAUCCCACAUAAUGCACAGAAUGCUUCGAACCAAAUGUUUGGAGCUAUAGGUGGACACAACCAAGGCCCAUCUGGAUCUUCCGCACCUUCUAACCAUCUAUUCGGCGGUCCACUACAACAAGAUGGUAACCGCGCUUCUCAGAAUAUCCCGUUCGGUGGUAGUGGUGGUGCGAUCCCUGGAGGAGCACACCCAAUCCCUAGUGGCGGUAAUGCUAGCAGCAUGCCACAGGGACAACAACCUAUUCUUAAUGAUGCUUUGAGCUAUCUAGACCAAGUCAAAGUACAGUUUGCCGACCAACCCGAUGUCUAUAACAAGUUUCUUGAUAUUAUGAAAGACUUCAAAAGUCAAACCAUUGACACGCCGGGGGUUAUUAAUCGUGUAUCGGAACUUUUUGCGGGGCAUCCAAAUCUCAUACAAGGCUUCAACACUUUUCUUCCUCCCGGAUACAGAAUCGAGUGUGGUGCAGGCAACGACCCUAACACUAUUCGAGUGACUACGCCAAUGGGAACUACAGUUCAGUCGAUAACGGGUAGAGCGAACCAAGGUGACGGCGCGCAUGGCCAGCCAGGCACGAAUGGACCCUUUUUCAAUCACCGUGGUAACAACUGGCAACAACCUCCACAGCCACAACAUAGUAUCGAAAGUCCUGAAGCUUCUUUUAGUGCGCCAGUAUCAAACGGUCCAAGCUUAUUUGCAGCUGGUCAAGCACAAAGUUCAGCCUUCGAAGGACAGACUUCCGCCUCUCAGCAACACCGGAGCACGCCGCAAGUACAAAAUAAUUCGACAACACCCAACGCACCUACGACCCGCAACGCGCUCACUCCUACUCCGAGCAAUUCUCAAGGCGGACCUAGCAACGGAAACCAACAAGGCAGUAUGGAGAAGCGAGGACCUGUUGAAUUCAACCACGCUAUAAGCUACGUGAAUAAAAUAAAGAACCGCUUUCAGGAUAAGCCUGAGAUUUACAAACAAUUCCUCGAGAUCCUGCAGACAUACCAGCGCGAACAAAAACCUAUCCAAGACGUUUAUGCGCAAGUCACUACCUUAUUCAAUACUGCGCCUGAUCUUCUCGAAGAUUUCAAACAAUUUCUUCCCGAAUCAGCCGCGUCGAACAAGGCGAAUGGCCCAAAGCCUGAAGACGUCUUUGCUAUGACUGCUGGCCUUACCCAGACCACCCCACAACCAAAUCACAGCAUGAGAGACGGACAGAAGAUGCCUCCCGUUGGAGCUUUCGCGCCACCUGCCAGUGCGAGCAAAGAUAACCGAAAGCGACCUCGCAACGAGAAGCAAGCUCCCCCUCCCGCAGCCGCGAUGGCCGAUAGCCCAGCACCGGGAUCUCGCUCGAUUCCUGGAGCCGGACCCGCAAGCAAGCGCCCAAAGCUCAACCACAAGCCCUUGCCUACAGAUGCGCCAUCCAUCGAACCGACACUUACUCCUGUCCUUCCCGAACCAUUACCUCCCACAUCCUCGGCGAACGCGACCCCUGAUGAAUUGGGUUUCUUCGAGAAGGUUAAGAAGUACAUCGGAAACCGUUCUACAAUGAACGAGUUCUUAAAGCUCUGCAAUAUGUACUCGCAGAGCCUCAUCGAUACCAAUGAUCUGGUCCACAAAGCUAGCCAAUUUAUUGGCGGAAACAACGAACUCAUGACCUGGUUUAAGGGAUUUGUAGGUUAUGAGGGUCUUGACGAGAUCAUUGAGAAUCGGCCUAGACCGCCUGUUGAAAAGGUCUCGUUGAGUAAUUGUCGGGCUAUUGGGCCAAGCUACCGGCUGUUGCCUCGUAGGGAGAAGCUAAAGCCAUGUGGCGGCCGAGACGAGAUGUGCAAUGCUGUGCUCAAUGACGAAUGGGCAUCUCAUCCGACCUGGGCCUCUGAAGACUCUGGGUUCGUGGCCCAUCGCAAGAACGCCUUUGAAGAGGGACUUCAUCGAAUUGAAGAAGAACGACACGAUUACGACUUCAACAUCGAGGCUAAUGUCAAGUGCAUACAACUACUCGAACCGAUCGCUCAGCAGAUGUUGAAUCUGACUUCCCAAGAACGAGAGACAUUUCAGAUGCCGCCGGGACUUGGAGGCUCUAGCACUUCGAUCUUCAAGCGCGUUCUUAAAAAGAUAUAUGGGAAUGAGAAAGGACUCGAUGUUGUGGCCGACAUGUUUACGGACCCUUUCGCUGUCGUCCCUGUCGUUCUUGCACGUCUCAAGCAGAAGGACGAGGAAUGGCGAUUCACGCAGCGAGAAUGGGAGAAGGUGUGGCAGGCACAGACAGAGAUCAUGCAUCUUAAGAGCCUGGAUCAUAUGGGUAUCCAGGUUAAGCAGAACGACAAACGAAAUCUCUCUGCCAAGCACCUCGUAGAUGUCAUCAAGACAAAACACGAGGAACAGCGACGCCUACGUAGCUCGAAGAACAUGGUCCCUCGAUACCAGUUCACCCACGAGCUUGGCGACCGUGAGGUCAUUCUGGAUUUGCUACGAUUCAUGGUUCUGUACGGCACGAAUAAUGGACACCACAGUGCAACCGAGAAAGAACGUAUUGUUGAUUUCUUCGAGUUCUUCAUUCCCCAGUUCUUCGAGUUGCCCGAGGACAAAGUCCAAGAUCGACUUCACGACAUUGAUCGCGAAUCUGGCGAGGAGGAUGCAGAGGAGCAGCUCCCCGCGGAACUGACCAAUGGCCGUUCUAGACGGAACGGCAAGAAAUCUGACUUGCUUCGUGGUGUAUUAGAUCCUGGCCGUAACGGUACGAAGACCAGGAAUCAGAAGGAGGGUAGCGCUGCAUCUGGUAGCAAAGAGACGACGCCUGAUGCUGGUUCUGCGAACGAAGAAGAAAUGGCUGACGCCCCUGACGAUUCUGUUCCGACCGAGCAGUCUAACGAACGAUGGCUACCGGUUGUGCCACGCGCGACAGUCGUUAAGGGCGACAACGCAUUGCUAGACGCCGAUGGCGAGUUGAAGGCAGAUGGAUUCUUCCCUCGCCCGUGGUACAAUUUCUUCUGCAAUCAGACCAUAUACGUCUUCUUCACUGUCUUCCAGACACUUUAUAAGCGCCUGAAGGCUGUAAAGGAUAGCAAGAACAGCGUUUCAGAGGAAAUUAUCCGAUCGAAGAGCAAGAAGCCAGCCAAAGAGCUCGGUAUUGCGAUCAACGAGAUCAACUACUUCGACGAGAAUGAUCCUGCUUCCUUCUGGCCCAAGACAGUCGAACUGAUCGAGGACUAUAUCACUGGCGAGAUCGAUGAGAACCGUUACCAAGAAGUUCUCCGUCAUUACUACCUUAAGAAGGGUUGGACCUUGUAUACGAUUCAGGAUCUCCUCAGAACCCUAUGUCGUCUUUCACUCACCUGCACGAGCCCCGAUUCAAAGGAAAAGACGCCUGAUCUUAUCACCCAUUUCCUGAACGGUCGCCACAACGAAGAGACUAGUUAUCAAACUGAGAUCAGUGCCCGGAAGUACGCAGAGAAGUGCAUCAAGGAUGGCGAUAUGUUUGUCAUCUGUUGGUUCCCCCAGAAACACGAGGCCACAAUCCGCUGGCUACAACGUGACGAGACGACUUUCUACAUGGACGAGAUGGAACUUCGUGAGAGAUGGCAGUACUAUAUCUCCUCGUAUAUGCGAGUUGAGCCUACUGAAGGCGUCCCUAGAUCCCGCCUUCAGAGGACUGUUCUCACUCGCAAUCUGCCAUCAAGCGAAGCUGAUUCGGACGAUGGCGAUGUACCAAAGCCAUUAGCAUAUGAUGAGGGCUUGGUUUUACGCAUCUGUCUAAACUCGAACAAGAUCGUUUGGGAAAAGAACACAUCCGAAUACUUCAUCUAUGCCACCGAGCCAGAGGAUGAAAAGGAAAAGAUUGCCGCAGAAGAGUAUCGUCGCGCCCUUACCGAACAUCGCGGACAGCGAUUCAGAGAGAAGAUGGUCAUGAACAACUCUUGGAUGCGAGGUAACAGUCAAGACGAAGUCCAAAAGGUCAACGAGAAGUUCCAGAAGUGGUUCAAGGAUGGUGUCUCGCCUAAUACCAACGGCCGAGGAGAUGACCCCGAAAACACGGAAGGAGUUGAAUAAAUCAACAACUUCUUUGACUUUUGCAUGUUCAAUUCGGUUCGCCAACGUGGCAUAUAUCAGGAGUAAUCAGACGGUGGUGGCGAAUUUUGAUGAUAAGCGAAAGGCAUCAUGGGAGGCGUUUGGCGAAGUACCCUAUGUAAACCUUCCGUUUGCCUCCCACCGUGUACUGGCAGUCUCGUUUUGUUUUUUGCACACACGCGAGAAGUACUAUGGGAAGAAGCCAAGGUCGACCUCGGUGGACAGGAUCAUAAGUUUUUAUUUGCUUUUUUUCUUCUACUUUGCUUGUACUAUAGGACGACGAAUUAAACAGAAUUGGCAUCUA